AUGAAGUCUCUUACCUUUGCACUCGUCGCCGCUGCGGUUGCCGUCCACGGCUCACUCGAGGCUCGCCAGAACAACAGGAAUGAUAUCCAGUCGUCGCUAGUAUUGGACCCCUCUGUCCUCUGCACGGCUUGCACGGAUAACGGCCAGAACCCGCCUGUCGAUCAACAGAGUCCAUCUCUGACCUCGAACAACAACUUCAUCGACUUUUGCAAAGGCAAGACGUUGACGAAUGGCCAACAACUCGUUCAGGGAAGCUGCAAUGGUGUGCCGAUUGGAGAUAUCAUCCCUUCGAGCAAUAUGCCCGCUGCAAAGAUUACGUUCCCCAAGAAUGGUGGCACAUUCGAGGCCAAUAAGCAGUUUACUGCGACGAUCAACAUCAAGAAUAUGGUCACUGGCAACUUUGUCAAUGCGCAAACAAACUACUAUGGCGCUCCCCAGCAACUGCAGGGCAACAAUGUCAUUGGACACUCGCAUUUGACCGUCCAGAAGCUCAACUCGAUUGACUCGACCGAUGUAUUGGACCCAUCCAUCUUCCAGUUCUUCAAGGGAAUCAAUGCCGCGGCCGUCAACGGUGUACUGACCGUCGAUGUCACCGAUGGUCUCCCACCAGGCGUGUACCGCUUCUGCACCAUGAACACUACCGCGAACCACACUCCAGUAAUGGUGGCCAUCGCUCAACACGGAUCCUUGGAUGACUGUGUGUACGCUACGGCUGUUGUUGGUGGCAACAAUGGUGGAAAUAACAACAACGGUGGAAACAAUAACAAUGGUGGGAAUAACAACAACGGUGGAAACAACAACAAUGGCGGAAAUAACAACAACGGUGGGAACAAUAACAAUGGCGGAAAUAAUAACAACGGUGGAAACAAUAACGGUGGAAACUCGAACAAGAGCACUUCGAGCACCAAGGCCGCUUCGAGUGCAGCAGCCAGUGCCACGUCUUCUGCAGCAAAUAACAACAACAAUGGUGGUCGUAAUCGCUUCCGAGGAGGACGCAACGGUGGCCGGUUUCGUCGCCCGCAAUAG